CCGCUGAGGUGAACUAUUUUCUCAGUAGUGAGUAGUUUUAAGUAAUACCUUCCAAAUAGGAAACUCGUAGCAGCUGAUUUAUCUCAGUACCCACAGGAUGAAGGCUUAUUUGGGCUUAGCCUGACGCAAGGUUCGCGAGGCUCAGAAGAACACUCCGCGGAGGGAUCCGAUUUGUUGUGGUGAGGGAGGGGGGGGUGAGACGCUGACAAACCAAGAUGGCGGCUGUGAAGUCCGCGGUUGUUGGGACUUAGCUGUAGUGGUGAAGCUUGCGGUAGUGGGUGGCGGUGGCAGAGUUUGGGAGGAACAGAGUAGGACAAAGAGGUGGUAACAUUAGUAUCAGCCUGAGACAUUCAGAUCGCGGCAGCCACACGCCCCCUUAGGCCCUCGGCGGGCGGCGGCUGACCCGCUUAGGGCCUAGUCUCUGAGAAGUGCCUCGGUUUCAAAAAGCGGCGGCGCCAUGAGGCCUUAGGGGUGAUCUGACUCCUGCUGAUUCCCUGGCCCAAUCCUCGGGCCCACCAUGGAGCCGGGGUCCGACGAUUUCCUACCGCCACCGGAGUGCCCGGUGUUCGAGCCUAGCUGGGCCGAGUUCCGAGACCCUCUGGGCUACAUUGCGAAAAUCAGGCCGAUCGCCGAGAAGUCGGGCAUUUGCAAGAUCCGCCCACCUGCGGAUUGGCAGCCACCUUUUGCUGUGGAAGUGGACAACUUCAGGUUUACUCCCCGAAUCCAGAGGCUAAAUGAACUAGAGGCCCAGACAAGAGUAAAACUGAACUACUUGGACCAGAUUGCCAAAUUCUGGGAAAUCCAGGGCUCUUCCUUGAAGAUUCCCAAUGUGGAACGGCGAAUCUUGGACCUCUACAGCCUCAGCAAAAUUGUGGUGGAGGAAGGUGGUUAUGAAGCCAUCUGCAAGGACCGGCGGUGGGCUCGGGUGGCCCAGCGCCUCAACUACCCACCAGGCAAAAACAUUGGUUCCCUAUUACGCUCUCAUUAUGAACGCAUCGUUUAUCCCUAUGAAAUGUAUCAGUCUGGAGCCAAUCUUGUGCAGUGUAACACACGUCCAUUUGAUAAUGAGGAGAAGGACAAGGAAUACAAACCCCACAGCAUUCCCCUUCGACAAUCUGUGCAGCCUUCCAAGUUCAACAGCUAUGGCCGGCGGGCCAAGAGACUGCAGCCUGAUCCGGAACCCACUGAGGAAGACAUUGAAAAGAAUCCAGAGCUUAAGAAGCUACAGAUCUAUGGGGCAGGCCCCAAGAUGAUGGGCCUGGGCCUGAUGGCCAAGGAUAAGACUCUGCGUAAAAAAGAUAAGGAUGGGCCUGAGUGUCCCCCCACUGUAGUGGUGAAGGAGGAAUCAGGUGUGGAUGUGAAGGUGGAGUCAGCCUCACCCAAGAGUUUUCUGGAAAGCAAGGAGGAAGUGAGUCACAGCCCAGAGCCCUGCACCAAGAUGACGAUGAGGCUGCGUAGGAACCACAGCAAUGCCCAGUUUAUUGAGUCGUAUGUGUGCCGGAUGUGUUCGCGAGGGGAUGAGGAUGAUAAGCUCCUGCUCUGUGAUGGCUGUGAUGAUAAUUACCACAUUUUUUGCCUGCUCCCUCCUCUGCCUGAGAUUCCAAAAGGUGUCUGGCGGUGCCCAAAGUGUGUCAUGGCGGAGUGUAAGCGGCCCCCUGAAGCCUUUGGCUUUGAGCAGGCUACCCGGGAAUACACUCUGCAGAGCUUUGGUGAGAUGGCUGACUCCUUUAAAGCUGACUACUUCAACAUGCCUGUGCAUAUGGUGCCCACAGAACUUGUAGAGAAGGAGUUCUGGCGACUGGUCAAUAGCAUUGAGGAAGAUGUGACUGUUGAGUAUGGGGCUGACAUCCAUUCCAAAGAAUUUGGCAGCGGUUUCCCUGUCAGUGAUAGUAAGCGGCACCUUACCCCUGAGGAGGAGGAGUAUGCAACAAGUGGUUGGAACCUGAAUGUGAUGCCUGUGUUGGAACAGUCUGUACUGUGCCACAUCAAUGCAGAUAUAUCAGGCAUGAAAGUACCCUGGCUGUAUGUGGGUAUGGUCUUCUCAGCCUUUUGCUGGCAUAUUGAGGAUCACUGGAGUUACUCCAUUAACUACCUCCAUUGGGGUGAGCCGAAGACCUGGUAUGGGGUACCUUCCUUGGCAGCAGAACAUUUGGAAGAAGUAAUGAAAAAGCUGACACCUGAACUUUUUGAUAGCCAGCCUGACCUCCUACACCAACUUGUCACCCUGAUGAAUCCUAAUACCCUUAUGUCACAUGGUGUACCGGUUGUUCGCACAAACCAGUGUGCAGGAGAAUUCGUCAUCACCUUUCCUCGUGCUUACCACAGCGGCUUCAACCAAGGCUACAACUUUGCUGAGGCUGUCAACUUUUGUACUGCUGACUGGCUGCCAGCUGGGCGUCAGUGCAUUGAGCACUACCGCCGGCUCCGAAGAUAUUGCGUCUUCUCCCAUGAAGAGCUCAUCUGCAAGAUGGCUGCGUGCCCUGAGAAGCUGGACCUGAACCUGGCAGCAGCCGUACAUAAAGAGAUGUUCAUAAUGGUGCAGGAGGAGCGGCGCCUACGAAAGGCUCUGCUAGAGAAAGGUAUCACAGAGGCCGAACGAGAGGCUUUUGAACUGCUCCCAGAUGAUGAGCGCCAGUGCAUCAAGUGCAAGACCACAUGCUUCCUGUCUGCCCUAGCCUGCUAUGAUUGCCCAGAUGGUCUUGUCUGCCUUUCCCACAUUAAUGACCUCUGCAAGUGCUCCAGUAGUCGGCAGUAUCUGCGCUAUCGGUAUACCUUAGAUGAGCUCCCUGCCAUGCUGCAUAAGCUGAAGGUUCGAGCGGAGUCCUUUGACACCUGGGCCAACAAAGUGCGAGUGGCACUAGAGGUGGAAGAUGGACGAAAGCGCAGUCUUGAAGAGCUAAGGGCACUAGAGUCUGAGGCCCGUGAGCGAAGGUUUCCUAACAGUGAGCUACUGCAGCAACUGAAGAACUGCUUGAGUGAGGCUGAGGCUUGCGUGUCCCGAGCUCUGGGAUUGGUCAGCGGCCAAGAAGCUGGCCCCCACAGGGUGGCUGGCCUACAGAUGACCUUGGCUGAACUUCGGGCCUUUCUGGACCAGAUGAACAAUCUUCCUUGUGCCAUGCACCAGAUUGGGGAUGUUAAGGGCAUCCUGGAACAGGUGGAGGCCUACCAGGCUGAAGCGUGUGAGGCCCUGGCCUCACUGCCCUCCAAUCCUGGGCUACUGCAAUCCCUGUUGGAGAGAGGGCAGCAGCUGGGGGUGGAGGUGCCUGAGGCCCAGCAGCUCCAGCGGCAGGUGGAACAGGCACGGUGGCUGGAUGAGGUAAAACGCACACUGGCCCCUUCUGCCCGAAGGGGCACCCUGGCUGUCAUGCGGGGACUGUUGGUUGCGGGUGCCAGUGUUGCCCCUAGCUCUGCUGUGGAUAAGGCCCGGGCUGAGCUUCAGGAGCUGCUGACCAUUGCUGAACGCUGGGAGGAGAAAGCCCACCUCUGCCUGGAAGCCAGGCAGAAGCAUCCACCAGCCACACUUGAGGCCAUAAUCCGUGAAGCAGAAAACAUCCCUGUUCACCUGCCUAAUAUUCAGGCUCUCAAGGAGGCUCUUGCUAAGGCCCGGGCAUGGAUUGCUGAUGUGGAUGAGAUCCAAAAUGGUGACCACUACCCCUGCUUGGAUGACUUGGAGGGCCUGGUGGCUGUGGGCCGGGACCUCCCUGUGGGACUAGAGGAACUGAGACAGCUGGAGCUGCAGGUACUGACGGCGCACUCUUGGAGGGAGAAGGCUUCCAAGACCUUCCUCAAGAAGAAUUCUUGCUACACGCUGCUGGAGGUGCUCUGCCCGUGUGCAGACGCCGGCUCAGACAGCACCAAGCGCAGCCGGUGGAUGGAGAAGGAGCUGGGGUUAUACAAAUCUGACACAGAGCUGCUGGGGCUGUCUGCGCAGGACCUCAGGGACCCAGGCUCUGUGAUCGUGGCCUUCAAGGAGGGGGAGCAGAAGGAGAAGGAGGGUAUCCUGCAGCUGCGCCGCACCAACUCAGCCAAGCCCAGUCCACUGGCAUCAUCGACCACAGCCACUUCUGCGACCUCCAUCUGUGUGUGUGGGCAAGUGCCGGCCGGGGUGGGAGCUCUGCAGUGUGACCUGUGUCAGGACUGGUUCCAUGGGCGGUGUGUGACAGUGCCCCGCCUCCUCAGCUACCCAAGGCCCAGUCCCACCUCAUCCCCACUGCUGGCUUGGUGGGAAUGGGACACCAAAUUCUUGUGCCCACUGUGCAUGCGCUCACGGCGCCCACGCCUGGAGACCAUCCUGGCACUGCUGGUAGCCCUGCAGAGACUGCCUGUGCGGCUGCCUGAGGGUGAGGCCCUACAGUGCCUCACAGAGAGGGCCAUCAGCUGGCAAGGCCGUGCCAGACAGGCUCUAGCCUCUGAGGACGUGACUGCUCUAUUGGGACGGCUGGCUGAGCUCCACCAACAGCUCCAGGCUGAACCCAGUCCCGAGGAGCCCCCUACUUACCCUGCAGACCUUGCCUCUGACUCUCUGAGAGAGAGCAGUGGCAAGGAUGUGCCUAAGGGCUUGUUGGAGAAUGGAGACAGUGUGACCAGUCCUGAGAAGGUAGCCACAGAGGAGGGCUCAGGUAAGAGAGAUUUGGAGCUGCUGUCCUCGCUGUUGCCACAACUGACUGGUCCUGUGCUGGAACUGCCGGAGGCAACUCGAGCCCCUCUGGAGGAGCUUAUGAUGGAGGGAGACCUGCUUGAGGUGACCCUGGAUGAGAACCACAGCAUCUGGCAGCUCCUGCAGGCUGGGCAGCCUCCAAACCUGGAGCGGAUCCACACACUUCUAGAGCUGGAGAAGGCAGAACGCCAUGGGAGUCGGGCUCGGGGUCGGGCCCUGGAAAGGCGGCGGCGGCGGAAGGUGGAUCGGGGUGGGGAGGCCGAUGACCCAGCCCGAGAGGAGCUAGAGCCAAAGAGGGUACGAAGCUCAGGGCCAGAGGCCGAGGAAGCCCAGGAGGAGGACGAGCUGGAGGAGGAAACUGGGGGUGAGGCCCCUCCUGUACCCCUCCCCACCACUGGCAGUUCCAACACCCAGGAGAACCAGGAUGGCUUGGAACCAGCACUAGGGGCCACUGUAGACCCCACAGCCCCCUUUUCUACUCUGACUUCCCGGCUGCAUAUGUCCUGCCCACAGCAGCCUCCUCAGCAACAGUUGUGACAGUGGCUGAGCCUAGCACAGACCCUAACAGACCCUUCCCCCACUCCUGGCCUCAAGGAUCCUCUUUCUGACCAUCAAGCCUGCUUUCUUGGAGGUGGGUGGGUGGGGGGAGGCUCCCUCUCUUCCCUGAGUCCCUUGACUUUUAUAUUCUGACUCCAAGGUAUUGUUCAGACCUCAGCUCCUGGGGGCCGGCCCCUGGAGUCCCACCCCCAUCCCUGGUAACCUCUAACCAGCAUUCCCAGACACCUGAGGCAGAUAGGCAGGUGGGAAGGGGGGGGGUCAUUGGGGCUGGGCCAGCACCAUUCCAGAGACAAGGCCAGUGCAUAUGCAAACUGGGGGAAAUCUCUCCCUUCUUCCCAGUUCUAGCCCUGGCCAGGCCAUGCUACACUAACCUCUACACCCCCUCUCACUCAUUUGCCUCCUCCCUUUUGCCCUCCUCCCUUCACCCUCACCUUUUUCCCUUUUCCCUUUUCCCUGAUUUUUCCACCCAGGAGGAGGAAACUUCACAUAGCUGUGCUCAGUUUUUUUAUUUUCUAUGAAUUUGUUUGGGGGUGGGGUGGGGGCUCAGCAGGGCUCCUUGUGGUCUGAAGAAGGCUUUUGGUGCUUGUCCUCACACCUGCCUCAACCCUUCCUCCCUGUCCUCCCCCUAUCCUUUCCUCCUCCUGGGUUCAUGUUGUAAUAAAAGAAGAUUGUCGGUGUGUAAUUAAUUUGUUCAGAAGGAAAACAAAAAAGAAACUUGGUUCCAACUGAAGCCUAUUUUAAUUUUAUUUUAUUAUUUUCCUCUUGUUAGAAAUAAAACCCUUAGCAACAUUUUUUUGGAAACCUGUUUCUGAAGUGCAUUUCUCUUCUAAAGGGAGAGUGGAGCCUCCCUCACCUGUCAGUGGAGCAGCUGUAGUGCUAGCAGGAGCACUGAGGCUGAGGCCAGGGGCCAAGGGGUUCUGAAACUGAAUCCAUCGUACCAGCUUCUCCUUAACCUUGGGCAAGACAUCCAAUGCCUCCCCAAGCCAGUUCCCUGUCUCCAAACAGGUGGGCUUUGGCCCCACUCACCUGACCUGCACAAUAGCUUCCCCAAACUUUGUGCCCUCCAGUCUAUACCCUCUUGUUUUCAGAGGGAGCCCCCCCCCCCCAUGGCUUCAUUAAGGUAUAAUUCCAUGCCAUAAUGUUCAUCUUGUUAAAUGUGUAGUUGAAUGAGUUCAGAUAGUGUUUUCUAAAGUGUAGAACUGAUCGUGUCACUACUGCUUCAUUACUCUUAAGAUCAAGAUUAUAUAUAACCUCAUUCUUUCUAGAAUGCUUUUCUGACUAACCCAUGUAGGCCCUAUCUCUUGAUGUUUCUCACUUGUUCUUUCUGCCCUGGAUGAAUGGGCAGAUGUGUGCUUAUUUGUAAUUCUGGAGUUCUCUUUUUAAACACUUGUUUUAUUGAGAUAAAACUCACAUACCAUAUAGUUCCCUCUCUUUAAGUGUACAAUUCAGCAACUUUUAGUAUAUUUAACAGAGUUGUGCAAAAACAUCACUGCAAAAAAAAUUGAGAACAUUUUUAUCAUCUCCAAAAAAACCUUCACAUCCCUUAGGUUCUUCCCAUUUUCCCUCUUUACCUAUUCUGGACGUUUUAUAUAAAUGAAAUUAUACA